AUUUUUUAUUAAAAUGGAUAUUGACAAAUAAUUAGAAAUUUUGAGAAAUGGAAGAUAUUUAAAUGAGAGAGACACUCAUACAAUUUGUGAAUAUGCUAAGGAAAUUCUCAUUGAAGAACCUAAUGUUAUUUUAGCGACAACUCCAAUAAUAGUAUGUGGAGAUAUUCAUGGAUAAUUUUUCGAUUUGUUGGAACUUUUUAAAUAAGGAGGACAAAUACCAGAGAAGAGGUAUAUAUUUAAUGGAAAUUAUGUAGAUAAAGGGUAUUUGUUUGUUAAUUAAAAUAGAUAUCAUUCAGUUGAGACAUUUCAAUACUUAUUAUGUUUAAAGAUUAAAUAUCCUAAAUAGAUUAUAUUAUUAAAAGGAAAUCAUGAAUCACGACAAAUGUCUUAAUUCUAUGGUUUUUAUGAUGAAGUGAAAAGAAAAUUUGGUAAUGCUUACCCUUGGUAAUACUGUUGUGAAGUAUUUGAAUAUUUGCCAUUAUGUGCUUUAGUAGAUUAAAAGGUAUUUAGUGUUCAUGGAGGAUUAUCUCCAUAAAUAAAAAGAAUAGACGAUAUUAGAACAAUAGGUAGAGAUAUAUGAUAAAAUGAAUAGACAGAAGAAAUGAAAAAUUAUAUGAAGGACCUAUGUGUGAUUUGUUAUGGUCAGAUCCAGAUUGUAUAGAGGGAUGGGUAGAAAGUAAUCGUGGAGCAGGAUAUUGUUUUGGGAAAAGUGUUGUUGAUGAAUUUAAUUACAGAAAUGAUUUAAUAUUGAUUUCAAGAUCUCAUUAAUUUAUAUUAGAAGGAUAUAGAUAUGAAUUUUAAGUAUAAAUAAUGUUAAUGAUAGAAAAAAUUAGUAACUGUUUGGUCAGCUCCUAAUUUUCGUUAAAUAUGUGGAAAUAAAGGAUGUUUGAUGAUUUUAGAUCAAAACUUAGAAUAGCAUUUCGAAUUUUUUGAAUAAUCUAUUGAUUCUUUAGAAUGGAUUGUUGGAAUAAAAGUACUACCUUAUAUUUUAUGA